AUGGACUCGCCAGACCCGACCAGCCCUAAAUAUGAUUGGCCCAAGAAGCCUAUCGAGAUAACACCCAAUGACCUUGCCGACUUGUUGGAAGAGAUUUGGGGCAUAGAAAAGGCCAAGCCAAAGAGCCCAAGCAAAUCCAGCACGAGCUCACCCAAGAAGGUCUUUACCCAUUCUUAUCUCAGCUCGCCCGACAAAGAAGACCAGGAGGGGAAAAUGAAGAGCUAUUUUCGACCAUUUCCCCAUCUCCUCGAUUAUUCGAUGAAUCUUCCUAGGUGGGCUCCGCCUCAAUACAACCCCCUGGGGCAGAAAGUCAACACUAAGGAGGAUGCACACUUCUUAAGAUAA